AUGGGUAAAGCCUGCGUCUACCUGGUGACAGGAGGAUGUGGUUUUAUUGGGGAGAAGAUCGUAGAGCUCCUGUCUCAACAAGACUACAUCAAAGAAGUCAGAGUUUUUGAUUCAGUAGCAAGAGAAGCAGUAGAAAAAUUCACCACAGCUACCACUCAUGUGACAGUGAUGAAAGGAGACAUUCGAGACUACAAUCUGCUCCUUGCUGCCAUGCGGGGAGUUCACGUGGUUAUUCACACAGCUGCUAUUGUGGACUACAGAAACACUGUGCCCUUUUGGGAAAUGAGAGCUGUCAACGUUGGGGGUACUGAAAACGUGUUAAAGGCCUGCUGUGUCCUGAACAUCCCGUACGUUGUCUACACAAGCUCCAUUGCUGCGGUGGGACCCAAUACAUUGCAUGAGCCCAUGUUCAGAGGAAAUGAGGACACCAAAUACAGUGGGGAAGUGGAGCUGCCUUACGGGAAGACAAAGGCCAUGGCAGAAAAACUUGUAUUUGAAGCCAACGGAAAAAAGCUCAGCAACGGUGGUAAACUCACAACCUGCAUCAUCCGUCCAAACACAGUGUAUGGGGAAAAGGCAACAUUCCUUCAAGAGCUGUAUUUGCUUGCCAAAGCCAGGAACGGUGUCUUGAACUACCUAGAGCCUGAAAACACGGAACGUAAUUACACAUACGUGGGGAAUGUUGCAUGGAUGCAUGUUCUUGCAGCGAGGAACUUGCAGCUGAAACCAGACUUACUCGCAGGACAAGUGUACUAUUCCUAUGAUGACACUCCAACAAGAAAAUGUUUUCUGAUGAGGCAUGAGCUGUUGUCCUCUGUGGACCCCUCAGUGAGACUGGGCUCACACAUCCCUUACUGGAAGAUGUGGUUAAUGAUACAAUUGCACAGGGUAAUCAAGGUCCUCUUGUACCCUUUCUGGAAGCCACAGCCUUUCCUAAAUUUCCCUUUGCUGAACACGAUAGUCACCACCUUCUCCUAUGAGACAGACAAAGCCUCCAGGCAUUUUGGGUACCAACCUCUCUUCACCUGGAAGGAGAGCAAGCACAAAACUGCCCAGUGGUUGAAAGCAGCCACAGGGAACCUGGGACCCCCCGAGCUUCAUGAAAAGGAGAACUAA